AUGACGUUGGGCCAAGGAAUUCUAGCCUUAACUGUCAUGGACAUCAGUGAAAAGUCUUUAUCCACUUCUCCGGUCCCUUCAACUCCACCAAAAUGCAAAGUUCAGAAACGCACCGCGCCUGUUGCGGUUAUGAAAACACAAAUGGUACCGAAACAACAACAAAAGCCACUCGUCAAACUAGAGCUAUCACCGGAGCUUCCUCCUGUGUCAAUGAUUGGUGAAACUUGCUUGAAGCGAUAUGAGAAAUCAAUUCAAUGCAAGGAUGCACGAUAUAGACCAAUUAUUCCAUCUUCCCUUGGUCCGAAUCGACCAAGGGACCGAGAAAAAUUUAUGGAAACCUACCCCAGUCAGAGGUUUUCUACCUCAGCGUUUACUCGAACAAAGCGAAACAUGUCAACAAAACUAAUAGACUCUACCGCUGCAAAUCGCUUCACGAUUUAUCAGAAAUCUCGCGUUGCGGCCGUAUCACAACUAAGUCAUAGCAUCUGCGAUAAGUCAAGGGUGGUGAUGGAUGCUACACCGAUUGAGGACGAAAGCACCAUAAUAAAGAAAUCAAAUUUCAACUGUGAAGACAAAGAAACUGUCGCAAAAGAUAGCAAUAUGAAGCUCAGUGAAAAUCGACCGAUGGUACAUCAACAGCGUCGUCGCCUCCACAACAACAAACCACCAUCGUUGACCCUGCAGUUGGCAAGGAGAUACUU